CAUUAGCAGCAGCACAAUCUCCUAAUAUCCUGAUUGGUCCUGAGGAUACAUGGGCGUCUGUCGGAGAGACAGUGGUGAUGAAAUGUACAGUAUCAAGUAGACAACCUAAGUGGUAUAGAGUGGUACCUGGUGGCAGUGACAUGCAGUUAUCAGAUGGAACAUCAGUAUUGAAUCCGUACCAGAUAGUAGGAGACCAAUCUAGUGGAGAAUACUUCCUACAAAUACCAAAUGUUCAAGUCAGUGAUUCACAUACAUAUCAGUGUCAACUCUUUAAUGCAGAUCCACCAUAUAUACAGGCAUCAUUGACAGUUAUAGAUACGGUACCAAGUUGCUCUGUGACUGGAAGUGUUGGAGGCAAUAAAGUUAUACAUGGUGAUACUGUAUCAUUACAAUGUUCUGCAAAUCAAGGUGUACCCCCAGCUGUGUUGGUAUGGUUACGAGAUGGGGUUGUACAAUAUACAGGAACAACAAGUCAAACUACAAUACAGUGGAAUACUGCAAUAGAAAGAGAAGAUGACGGGAAGUUAUAUAAAUGCAGUUUACAACACAGUACACUAACCAAUGAUAUAUCCUGUCAGUCUGUAAUACAAUUUGAUGUUGAAUAUGACCCUGUUAUCAGUGUCAGUAUUCAAAGUGGUAAUAAUCAAGGGCAGAUAAAGGAAAAUGAUGACUUUGUUGCUACAUGUGUUGUUGAUGAGAGUCAUCCAGAUGUUGACAGUUACUCGUGGAGUGGUCCCGGUGGGUUUACUGCAAAUGAGAAUAUGAUAUCAUUAUCGGAUAUAAAGCGAUCAAGUCAUGGUAGUUAUACAUGUACAGCUAGGAAUACAUUUUAUGAUGACAGUCGAGGUAUAGGAACAACACAGCUAAAUGUUGAUGUACAAUAUAAAUCCACAGUAACCAUAGAGAUUACACUUGGUGACAACACUAUAGAUGAAGGUUAUGAUUUGGAGUUAAUUUGUACAGAUUUUGGUGUUCCUUCUCCAUUUAAAUAUACCUGGAAUCGUACUGAUAAUCAAGGCAAUAUAAUAACACUAUCAGAAGUGACUGAUACUUUACAGGUCUAUAAUAUUGAACCUUCAGAUGCUGGUACUUAUAUAUGUACAACUACUGUUAAAUACUAUGAUGAUACAGAAUCCAUUUCAUCAGAUACUACUAGCAUAAUUGUGUAUUAUUCUCCACGAAUCAACAAAGAAAUCAGUAAAUCAGGCGCCAGUAAAGGUGAUACUGCAACUAUUGUGUGUGAAGUUGAUGCUUUGCCAAUUGCUGACAUAACAUGGUAUAAUAAUAAUGAAUAUGAAAUCGACAAUAGCACUGAUAGAAUACUUAUCAUAGAAUUCGUAGAUCACAAUAUUAAACGUAGUACAUUAUGGAUAUUUAAUGUAUUACCAGAGUCUGACUAUGGUGUGUAUAACUGUACAAGUGUUAAUAGAUUAGAAUCUGAUAGCCAUCUUAUUACACUCAAUGGAACAAACAUACCAAGGACACAAGUAAAUAUUGAUCUAAUUGAUCGCUCCUAUGAUAGCUUAACAAUUAAUCUGAUACCGAUGUUCGUCCAUGGCGUUUCGGGCAAAGAACCUAAUGUAUAUUAUAUAGAAUACCGCUCACAAUUGAAUGCAUCGUUUCUACAUUGGCCAUCAAAUGGACGGGGGACAACAAACACAACUUUUGUAGUUCAUGACUUAGAACCGUCUACCACCUUUGAAUUCCGAGUAAAGUUGAAAUCUGACAAUGAAUUCAAAGUUAUGUCUAGGAUAUAUGUCUUCAACACUUACUCUCUGCCGCUACUUACUAUAAAUCAUCAUACGGGUAUAAUUAGUUGGACACGUCACGAAGACACAAAAUACCAAUGUGUGAAAAUAGAAAAGCAAUUGGCAGAUCAUAACUGGGAUGUACUUGAAUCGUGUAUUGACAGAGAUACAUUAGCGUAUACAAUAGAUGACGAGUAUGCUGAAUAUAGAAUGACAUAUUGUACAGAAAUGGGUAAAUGCGAUGAACGUACAUUCGAAGCACAGGUUAUGGUUCCUUACACAGAUCCUAAAUGCUCUUCGAGCAGUGCUGGUGUAAUUGCAGGAGUAAUUGUUUCUCUUGUCAUCGGUGCUGUAACUGCUAGCGCUAUUGCAUUUGUCUUGCAUAAACUGAAUAACAAAGAUAGUACCCGGGAGUGUACAGCACUCUCUAACGUGAUAGGGGAUAAGACACACACAUAUGAAACGCCAUUGCCAAUUCCAUAUAAGUCUAAUGCAGAAGACAGUAAUUACACAGCACUUUCACCAAUGACGAGAGAAGCUGAACCAGUUUACGAAAUACCCCGAUCAAAGGAAACAAAGGAAUCACUAUAG